GUUGUGCUGUGCAUGAGCUACAGAAUCGAUUUCCUGCUCGACUGGAACGAUGAGUUUCUCUCAGCCGCUAGGACCAACCCGUAGGACAUCUGGAAAGCCCGGUGGAAUACGACAGGCUUCAUCUAGCACGACUUACGGAUCUACCGCUGACCGCUUCAAGAAUGCUGACCCUCAGGACAAGGAGAACAAGACGGCGUUAGAACAGCAAAAGAAGCGAAAGCUCGAACUUUCUAGCAGGAUACCUGUAGCUCCAGUAAGGACCUCCAGCACAGCUCCAGCACCGUCACGACAGCCCUUGGGCUUGGUUGUUCACAACAGCGAUGCUGGCGCCAGUCAUGCUUCAUCAACAAAAGAACCUCCAAGCGCGUCGGACCCUUCAACCGUUUCAGAGGAUCCAUUCAAGGAACAAUUUGACAGCGGACUAGAUAUCCUGUAUCGGACCUACCCGAAACUGGGGAACAGGACAGCUGAUAUGCAGAAGAGAUGCGAUUAUCAGAAGGAGUAUAUUCGUGAUCUGAAGGCAUGCAUCAAUGAUGCUGGCAAAUCGUACGCUUUGAAGCAGAUUUCAGACGCUAAGCUCGAAGAAGAGAGUAAACUCAGGCGAACUGCGGAGGAGGAUGCGUUGGUGUGGAAGCAAAAGGCAGAGGAGUUCAAUGCUUCGCUUGAGGAGUUGAAAGCUCAACUGGAGGACGCUAAGAAGACGAUCUGCCGUUUCUCCGACGAGGACACACGAUCGAAGGCAACUAUCCAGAACCUCCAGACGGAGAAUGAUCAGCUUGUGAAGAGAAGCAGUGAACUUGCAACUGCAAAAGAUGCGCUGAGCGAGGACGCUGAACAAAAGGCGAAAGACCUUAUUGCUGUUGGCAAGGACCUUGAUGAGAAGGUUAAGGAGCUCGGCUUGCUUCAUGCUGAGAAGAUGGAGCUUGAGCGGAACUUGGACACCUUGAAGGUUUCCCUGCAAAGUGCCAACGUGAGGUUGGAAGAGGUAAAAGCAAGGCUUCAGGAUUCUGAAAAGCUUCUGCAGGACAAAGGAAAAGAGCUCUUCGACCUGAACGCGGAAGUUGCUACGCUGAAAGAGAGGUCCGCAGCCAGCGAGAGGCUCCAUUCAGUAGAGAGGUCCCUACUCCAGGAUCAGAUUGACAUGAUGACUAAGGAGAAGGAGGAUAAGGACGCUGACAUCCUGUUUCAUAAGAAUCUGGUCAAUAAACUGACUGGGGAGGUCGAGGCAAGGAGAGCGGAAGUCGGUGUGAAGGACGACAAGCUCAAGGGUCUGGAGGGGCUGUCACAAAGCGAAUGCGACCUCAGGACAGAGAUCACAAGGCUCAGACGCGAGUUGGCUGAGAGGGAGCAGCUCUUUCGUCAGAAAGAUCUCCUGCUGCAAGAGAUGGAAAAACGAUUAAAACUACUCCACAACCGGCUGAUGCUGUUGAAGGGGAACAUCAGGGUAUUCUGCCGUGUCCGCCCCUUGAGUUCGAAGGAAGAAGAAAGGAGUCAUUCUGCGAUGGCUGUACGGAUUCCUGAGAACAACAUUGACAACAAGAUCGCAGUUCAAGGGCAUGAAGGAGAUUUCAAGUUUGACAAAGUUUUUCCACCUGCAACAACUCAGACGGCUGUGUUUGAAGAUAUUUCUGAUCUUGUUACAAGCGCAUUAGACGGCUAUAAGGUAUGCAUCUUCGCGUAUGGCCAGACAGGCUCUGGCAAAACUUUCACCAUGUUUGGAGACACUAUGGAAGAGGCGCUUCGUGGAGUUAUCCCCAGAUCUAUGGAUCAGAUCUUCAAGGUUGGCCGCGAGAAGUCUACCCUAGGCUGGGAAUACACCAUUCAGGCUUCCCUCCUCGAGAUCCACAACGAGUCCAUUCGCGACCUGCUCAAAGGAUUCCGCAAUGAAGAAGAGGCUUCAACCUCAAAGCCCGAGAAGGGGAGUGCGGCAGCCAAGAAGGCGGAACUUUCUCUGUACAACAUCAUUCACGAAAAAGAUGGCAGCACAACAGUUGUUGGCCUCAAAGUCGUCACUGUGCAGUCUGCGGAGGAUGCAACUGAGCUUUUUGCUCAUGCACACAAGAAGAGGUCUGUUGGAAGGACGGAUAUGAACGAGGAGUCGUCCCGCAGUCAUGCGGUCUUCACCCUUCGGCUGAACGGCAGGAAUCGGGACACUGGCGAGACAACACGUGGCAUCCUCAACCUGAUCGAUCUGGCAGGAAGCGAGAGGCUCAAGAAGUCAAAUGCGACAGGAUCAACCUUGACUGAGUCUAUCGCGAUCAACAAGAGUCUGAGCUCACUGUCCCACGUUCUUGAGGCAAGGGCGAAGGGGGAACUGCCACGCUACCGUGAUGGGAAGCUGACUUACCUGCUUCAGAAAUCAAUUGAGAAGGACUCAAGGACCCUGAUGUUCCUCAACAUUUCACCGGACAUCUCAUCAGCUGAUGAGACUAUGGGGUCACUCAAGUUCGGGGCAAUGGUCAAUUCUUGUGACCUUGGGGUUGCAACCCGAGAUAUCCGAAGCGCCGAGUCUGAAGCAGAGGAUCGCCAGAGGCGUGCAAGCAGCAGCAGCAGCCAUCAAGGCAGCAAGAAGAAGGGCUAGCUGGCCUUAUCUGAGUGGAUCCACUGCAGGCACAGGUUAGCAGCAUUAUCCCGCUGCUGGACAACAUGGUACUUAUGGCUGAGCAAGGGGGGGGGGGGGGGGAGUUCUAGGUUCUCAUAACAUGCUAACCUUAGGAUUAUAGUACCUUGUCAGUAUGAUUGACAGUAUGAUUGACAACAGUAGGAUACGAAUAUAAUCAGGGUUUACAAAGCUGAUGCCCUUGUCACUACAUACUGUAUUCCCCCGGAUAAUGGACCCGCCGGUAAGAAAGUCCAUGGGUCCCGCCGGUGGAAUCAUUUAUUUUGGCAGACCUCGUGAGGACCCGCUUUUUGGCAUUUAACAUUUCA